CUAAAGGAUAUUGCCUAUGGUACCAAACAGUACAAGUUCAGAUCAGAAAUCUUGUCAGAUGAUCCAGUACAUGAAUUUGAUGAAACUGUCCACUUAGAAAGAGGAGAGAACCUAUUUGAAAUUCACGUUUGUAAAGUGAUUUUUUCUACUGAAGCUGUGCAGGCGUUUGGUGAUCAAGAACCUGCAACUUUCUGUACCUAUGCAUUCUAUGAUUUUGAACUACAUGCAACUCCAGUAGUGCGUGGUCUUAAUCCAUCCUACAGCUUCACUUCUCAGUAUCUUUUGAGGAUUGAUGACUUCUUUUUGCAGUACAUACAGACAAGUGCUGUAACUCUUGAGGUUCAUCAUGCCUGUGGCACAGAUUACAAAACAGUUGCUGCCUGUCAGUUGACAUUCCAUGGAAUCUUAGAAAAUAAUGGCAGGAUUUAUAGUACAGCAAUGCUAAUUGGAAUUGGAGGGAACAUCCAAAACUAUGGCAUUGUGGAAUACUGGAUCAGAUUACGUGUUCCUAUGGAUCAGACUAUUCGACUCUAUAAAGAACGAUCAAAAGCUCUAGGAUACAUAACAUCCAAUGUAAAAGAAUGUGAACAAAUGCCAGAGAAGAAUUCUAUUACUAUACACUGGGGUGCUCAACCUCUGGCCUACAGGCCAAAUUUAAAGCAGUCAAUACUCAGAACUGCCCAAGUCAGCGCUUCAGCAGAUGGCAAUUUAAAUGAACUCCAUAUUACAGUAAAAUGUUGUAACAAUCUACAGUCCCGAAAAAAUGACCUUCAGCCAAGUCCUUACGUUGUCUACAAGUUCUUUGACUUUGCAGACCAUGAUACUCCCAUCAUAUGUAGCAGCAACAACCCACAGUUGGACGAUCACAUGCAUUUCCCAGUGCCAAUGAAUGCAGAUUUAGACCGAUACCUUAAAUCAGAGUCCUUGACCUUUUAUGCAUUUGAUGAUGAUGAAAAAGAAGAAAGUGUUUAUAUAGGGAAAGCCAGUGUGCCUCUUAUUUCAUUAGCGCAUGACAGAUGCAUCUCAGGUACAUUUGAAUUAACAAAUUGUGAAAAGCACUCAACAGGUACCAUUGAUGUUGAACUAAAAUGGAGAUUUGCCUAUCUACCACCAAGUGGAACAGCAAUUGCUGCAGACCUAGCAAAUUACAUCCAAAAUGAGAAAUCAAUGGAGAUUAAAUCACCAGUGAAGGAGGAAGUUCACACUCCAGCCCUGAUCACUUCUUUUAGUACAUCAGCAGCUACACCAAAGCCCAAACCAAGGCAGCGCACAGCUCAAGCUGACAAGAAAGUAUCUUUCAUGGAUGCCAAUACAUUACAGAUUCCAGGUCCUGUUGCUGAUGAAGAUGAUAACAGAAUUGCACAGAAGAUUAAGGCUGAUGCAUCUAUUGUUUCAGAUACUUCAGAGGUUAUCCAAGAAAGAUUGGCAGAUGAUAAAGGAAAGGAGACUGCCGAAGAAAUUCUGCAACAAAAAGAUGACCUCUCUCAUCUGUCUGAGGGUCAGUUUGCUGACCACAGUUCAGCUACCUCUGAAGAUGAAACAGAAAUAACCGAGGAAUUGGAACCAGAAGAUCAAGAUGAUAGACAAGCAACUGAUGCCAUCGAAUCCAUAAAAACUGACAGUGAUGAUUGUAUUGUUCCAAGCCCAUUGUCCAAGAGUAUCAAACAGCCAUCUGCAAAAAUUCGGAUUGAGGUUAUAUCCCUCAGUCUUGCUGAUUCCCGAGUUGCAAUGGAUGACACAAUACAACGGCUGUUCAUAGAAUGGAGAUUCUACAGUUUCCCAGCAGAGGAGACUCCAGUGUCACUUCCAAAACCAAGAAGUGGACAGUGGAUUCACUACAAUUACAGCAGUGUGAUAUAUGUGGAUAAGGAAAAUAAUCACACAAUGAGAGAACACCUGAAGUCUAUACUUCAAGGACCAGAGUUGAACACUGGCAGCAUACGAUUUACAGUGGUUAGUGAGCCCCCAGAAGAUGAACAAGAUCUAGACUGUGAAGAUAUUGGCUUUGCAUAUGUUAGCCUAAGAGAGAUAUUUCAGAAAGAAAAAGACAUUGUUGAGCAAGAUAUUGAUGUUUUCGAUUCACAGGAUGAUAGUGCAGUAAUUGGAAAGCUCAAAGUAACAGUGGAGGCCCUCCAUGCUCUGCGUUCAGUCCGUGAGGAAUGCAGAGAUGACUAGGAGGCAUGAAAGGGAAAUGUGCCUACAGAAGCUUCUUCUCCCAAUGAAAUACACGCUUGAUAGCGCUUCAAAGAUCAGAUCUUUGUAAUUACUAUAGUACAUUUAAUGUAUAAUUUAUAUGAAAAAGAUGCUUGAUUUGUAGUUGUAAAGUUUUGUAUACUUUUCAGUCUGUUUGUUUUUAUAUUUCCCCCCUAAGGCUAAGAAUCUCUGCACAAUGGACAACAGAUUCUAAAUAAUUAAUACCUACAUGAUUGAACGAUGUGCUUUAUUUUGCAUUUCCAACAUUUUUCCUACAUGAAAUAGUAAUAAAAAUGCAAGUCAAAUUUUUAAUUUUUAAUAAAAAAAGCAUAAGCCUUAGAAAACUGAUUAAAAAUACUUUUAUGUUAUCCCUAAUCACCCUACUAAAUGGAAUGGCUGUGAUUAGCCUCAUUAAGAAUUUUAUACUGUGAAGAUUUUAUUAGAAGCAAUAUAUGAAAAUUACUUGGAUUAAUGUGUUAAUCUGCCUCUUUAAAAUGCUAAUAUCCAUUUUAUGCACAUUAAAUCUCACUAUGCAUUUUCUUUGAUGCAUGCAGUUUCUAUCAAUUAAAUAUAAAAAAUGAGGCUACUUGCAAGACUUAUUAAAUUACUGCAACCUUUUUAAAAAUAACUUUUGCCCUUCCAGGAACAUUAUAAUCAGUUGUUUGUGAUUAUCAUGAUUUGAAGAAGGGCGUGGGUAGUCGCAACCAUUUUUGUCUACAGUAAAAGAGAUUUACAUUUUCAACCAACAGCUAUCAAAGCACAGAAAGAAGAUAUAAAAGAAUCAAUCAGAUUCUGUUCCGCUUAGUUUGAGCUGUAGGGACAGGCAAGUGUUUUUUUGAUCACUUUUAGAACUUACAUCAAACAUACAAUGAUUCGUUGUAUCUGGAUAACCAGUGGGGAGAAAGCAGCUUGGAAAGUUAAUUUUCUAGCUUUUAACCAAUCUCAAUGAAGGAUUUAAUUGAUAUUUUUAAUGGAGCUGUGAAUCAAUGCCGCAUAAGAAUUGUCUCUCGAGAACCAGGAUAUAAUGCAUUUCAUUUUUUUAAUUUACUUUUUUAUUUGUCAUUUUCUUCAAAGGAUUUUAUAGGCUAUGGGUUUUCACUGUUUGCAAACAGGCUAUGUUUCUUCAUAAGCAUAUGUAAAGUAUUCAGAGAGAUAAGUAAUUUAUUAAAAUCUACCUAAUUUGCCGUGA